AUGACUGAAAGUAAAUUGAAAGAAGUCACCUCGUGUCAAAUAGUUCUCGCCUCUCCCAGCAUAACAAUUCCUGAUGGCACCUCCCCGUUAACCAUCAAAGGAGAAAUCUUAUUUACCCUUUCUGCACCCCUAAAACUAAGUCAAAUAGUCAUAAAAUUACACGGUUACUCGCAAUUUGAUAAUUCCCAGAAAACAGCCAUAACGCGUAACGUGAACGUUAAAGAUUUAAUAAAACAAAAGCUUACCGUGGUGAAUAUUACAAAAAAUUAUCCGGUUGGGGAGACAAAGCUCCCGUUCGCAUUAACCAUAAAGUCGCCACAGAGUUUACCUGCUACCGUUGAGGGGAAACACGCGCAGAUACGUUAUGUGUUGACCGCGGAACUUACAAAGGGUGGACAUCCCCCGGGCGUUUACAAGACUUCGAAAAAUGUUAUUCUACGAAAAAGAAUUUUGAAUGCUGAUGGGCUAUUGGAUCCAAAUGAGAAAUUAUUGAGGGAAGACGAGAAAGAGGAUUUGUUGAAAUAUAAGGUUUUGAUUUCAAAGUAUUUAAUAGUUAGUGAUACCGAUGAACAAGAGGGAGAUGAAGCAGAACCACGCGGCACAAUUAAAGUUGAGGCUUCGUUUGAAACACUUGCAGAAAAAACAGGUGUUAAGGAAGUCAAAGUGGAGGCAUUUGAAUAUGAAAUGUAUAAUUUCGCCAAAGUUGCAGGUGGAAGUGGAUCGACUCCUAGUAAAACAACAAGUAAAGCACCGGUUAAACGCACAACAGCUAAAAUUCCGGCAUUUUCAGCAAUUUCAAUUCCAAAUCCACAUCAUACUAAUCCUUUGAUCACACCAGCACUCACCAUACCAGUAAAAGCCAACGAUUCCGCGUCACCCGUCGUAACAUUUGAAAUUCCAAUCACGACAAAAAUGAAACCUGACUCUAACGCACCAUUUUUGGAAGUGAAACAUGAAAUUGUGUUGACAAUAAGAUUUGAAAAAUUCAUGUUGAUGCCGUUGAAGUUAGAGGUACCAGUGAUCGUGAUUACUGAAUCGGCAGCGAAUUUAAAACAAUAA